GCAAAUCAAAAUGAAAGUACGGUCAAAACUUUGAAGCUUGGCAUGUUCUUGCCAACGAUCAUAUCGCUUGUUCUCCGCGCUUUGUUCAGAAGAAGCUCUCUACCGCCAUCUAAAGGCUCGCUGGCUAUCUAUAUCGUCACUUUUUUUCCGGCAUUCUUUCUCUCCAACUAUUUGGUGAAAAUUGGGACAACCAGGCGCGAUCCCACUACUGGGACACUUAUCUCUUAUGGCGAGGACCUUCAUCAACCCGGAGUAACGGAAUGGUGCUUUGAUAUUUUAUAUGUGACAUGGGCAUGCCAAAUCGGCAGUGGGGUUUUCGGUGAAUGGUUUUGGUGGUUAUACAUGGUUAUCCCGUUAUAUGCGGUCUUCAAA